CUCUGUGGUGCCUGAGGCAGCAGCGGAAGCCGCACCGCGCCCUUUCACGGUGCUGCUGACGAUGAUGACAGGUGCCAACUUCCGUCGACCGUUGACAAGCGCAUCAAGACGUGUCUAACACUCUAACCCGCGACAUCCGGAGGCCGUGGUGAGGAACCGGAGCUGUGGAAAGGUCGCGGCGAGCUUUGGCCGAGGUCUAGCUAGCUAGCGCCCAUCUCCAUCGUGAAUGCGCGCACGGACUCGAAGGUUCUCGUCGCCCUUCUUGAAGUUUUCCGUCGAAGCAAUAAACUCUCCAUCUCCCCCCAUCUCCAUCCCACUCGCCUCUUCCGUUUCUGAUUUGGUCGGAGUCUUGGAGCAUCAGGCUUGGGCGUCUUCAACUCUUCAAUUCCGCUCACACCACCAAUACCCUCAACAUGCAGCGCAUGCUUGCUUCCCGCGUGCGGGCUUCCGCCGCCUCUUCUCUGAGCUCCAAGAGCUUCAACCUGACCGCCAGGAGGUUCGCGCACAAGGACCUCAAGUUCGGCGUUGAGGGCCGCGCUGCUCUUCUCGCCGGUGUCGAGACUCUCGCCCGCGCUGUUGCCACCACUCUCGGUCCCAAGGGCAGGAAUGUCCUCAUUGACCAGAGCUACGGCUCCCCCAAGAUCACCAAGGACGGUGUGACUGUUGCGAAGAGCAUUGCGCUCAAGGACAGGUUCGAGAACCUCGGUGCCCGUCUCAUCCAGGAUGUCGCCUCCAAGACCAACGAGGUUGCUGGUGACGGUACCACCACCGCCACCGUCCUUGCUCGUGCCAUCUUCUCCGAGACUGUCAAGAACGUUGCCGCUGGCUGCAACCCCAUGGACCUGAGGAGGGGUACCCAGGCUGCCGUUGAGGCCGUCGUCGAGUACCUGCGCCAGAACAAGAGGGACAUCACCACCUCGGCCGAGAUCUCCCAGGUUGCUACCAUUUCCGCCAACGGCGACACCCACAUUGGUGAGCUCCUCUCCAGCGCCAUGGAGAAGGUCGGCAAGGAGGGCGUCAUCACCGUCAAGGAGGGCAAGACCAUUGAGGACGAGCUUGAGGUCACCGAGGGUAUGAAGUUCGACCGUGGCUUCAUCUCCCCCUACUUCAUCACCGACACCAAGUCCCAGAAGGUCGAGUUCGAGAAGCCUCUGAUCCUCCUUUCCGAGAAGAAGAUUUCCGCUGUCCAGGACAUCGUCCCCGCCCUUGAGGCUUCCCAGCAGCUCCGCCGCCCUCUGGUCAUCAUUGCCGAGGACAUUGACGGCGAGGCUCUGGCCGUCUGCAUCCUGAACAAGCUCCGCGGCCAGCUCCAGGUUGCCGCCGUCAAGGCUCCCGGCUUCGGUGACAACCGCAAGUCCAUCCUUGGCGAUCUCGCUGUCCUUACCAACGGUACCGUCUUCACCGAUGAGCUUGACAUCAAGCUCGAGAAGGCUACCCCUGACAUGCUCGGCUCCACCGGCUCCAUCACCAUCACCAAGGAGGACACCGUCAUCCUCAACGGUGAGGGCACCAAGGACGCCAUCACUCAGCGUGCUGAGCAGAUCCGUGGCGUCAUGAACGACCCCACUACCUCCGACUACGAGAAGGAGAAGCUCCAGGAGCGUCUCGCCAAGCUCUCUGGCGGUGUCGCGGUCAUCAAGGUCGGCGGCUCCUCUGAGGUCGAGGUCGGUGAAAAGAAGGACCGCAUCGUCGAUGCUCUGAACGCCACCCGCGCUGCCGUUGAGGAGGGUAUCCUCCCCGGUGGUGGCACUGCUCUCCUCAAGGCUGCUGCCAACGCCCUCGGCAACGUCAAGGCUGCCAACUUCGACCAGCAGCUGGGCAUCAGCAUUGUCAAGAGCGCCAUCACCAAGCCCACCCGCUCGAUCGUCGAGAACGCCGGUGCUGAGGGCAGCGUUGUCGUCGGCAAGCUGAUGGACGAGUAUGGCUCUGACUUCAACAAGGGCUUCGACAGCGCCAAGGGCGAGUACGUCGACAUGAUCAAGGCCGGUAUCCUCGACCCCUUCAAGGUUACCAGGACCGCCCUUGUUGACGCUUCGGGCGUCGCUUCGCUCCUCGGCACGACCGAGGUCGCCAUCGUGGACGCACCCGAGGAGAAGGCUGCUGCUCCCAUGGGCGGCAUGCCCGGCGGUAUGGGUGGUAUGGGCGGCAUGGGCGGCGGCAUGUUCUAAGCUGCUGGGCCGCGUUGAGAAGACGAUCAAAAGCAAUCCUCCCCUGCUCCCUCCCUCCUCUAUACCCGCCAUUGCUUAUUACUUGGGCCUCUUGAAGCCGUGUUUUUACUAGCCACCCGUGCUACCUCUCCACUCCUGGGGUGGAUUUCUUGUUUAUUGGGCAUUGCGAGCGAGGAUCUGCCGGAAAAACCAAAAAGCUGUAUGAUAUUGUAGCUAUGUAUGUAGUAACUACGUAGCGAGACGACGCACAAAAAAGGAAAAAAGGAAAGAAGACGCUUGGUGUGUAGACAGUGAGAGUGACAGGUGUAGUGUUUUGUGACAUGGAGACCCAUGCUGCGCCGUGCCAGGUAUCCGUGAUGUCAUUUGGCAACAGGGGCAGCUGGUGGCAGUGUGUGAAGGUGGAAAUUGGGCGAUCAGCAAUCAGCAAUAAUAAUCUCGGCGAGAUGGGCG